CCCACCCUCCUUUCUUAAAUGCACUUUAAUUCCAUCCUUCUUCCCUAUCCCACCUUCUCUCUCUCUCUCUCUCUCUCUCUCUCUCUCUCUCUGGACGACUACGGCUCACAGCUCAAAAGAAGCCCCACGCGGUUUGCAAAGCAAAGGCUUUAGCCUAGCCGGAGUGCUCGCUUGUUAAGCGUACCUCCCGGUGACGCCACACCUCUUCCCUCAUCCGGGACCUUCGUCGUUGACCCAGGAGUCGCUGCUCCAUGAAGUGAGGCCAGUUGCGUCGGCGCUUUGGGAAGAGCUCGCGAUGGCGAUCGCCGACGGCAAGGAGGAUGGGAAGGGGUGGGGAAUCUUCCGGCUGCGCUUCUUUGGCGGUGGGGGAGGAGGCGGAGGUGGUGCUGGCUCGUCCUCCUCGAACUCAUCGUCGACGCUUAGCUUGACGCACCACCGCCACUCCCGCUCGUCGGGGCGGAGCCAGAUGGGGCAGGUGUAUCGAGGAGCCGCUGCGGCGCCGGCGGCGAGGCGCAACCCCGGUGCGAGCUCGAUCUCCUCGGUGGCCUGGUCGUUGCUGCCAACCAGGCGCCGCUUACGGCUGGAUCCGUCCUCCAAGCUCUACUUCCCUUAUGAACCUGGAAAACAGGUUCGAAGUGCAGUCAGGAUAAAGAACACCAGCAAAUCACAUGUGGCAUUUAAGUUUCAAACAACUGCACCAAAGAGCUGUUUCAUGCGUCCUCCUGGAGGGAUUCUUUCCCCAGGGGAGAGUAUCAUUGCAACUGUUUUCAAGUUUGUCGAGCAGCCAGAGAAUAAUGAGAGGCCACUGGAUCAAAAGAGCAACGUUAAGUUUAAGAUCGUUAGUCUGAAGGUGAAUGGGCCUGUGGAAUAUGUACCAGAGCUAUUUGAUGAACAGAAGGAUCAGGUUUCUGUAGAGCAAAUUCUGCGGGUGGUUUUCUUGGACCCUGAUCGACCUUGCUCUCAAAUGGAGAAGUUGAAGAGACAGCUCGCCGAAGCUGAGGCGGCAGUUGAGGCACGGAAGAAGCCUCCAGAAGACACGGGUCCUCGUAUUGUUGGAGAAGGACUGGUUAUAGAUGAAUGGAAGGAAAGAAGGGAAAGGUAUCUUGCACGGCAGCAGGUUGAAGGGGUGGAUUCAGUGUAAAGUGUGGUUGCUUUUAGUAUCUCCAUAAUUAUGGUAUCUUUUUCUAUUCGAAUUGUAUGAUAUAUUUGUGUAAGAAGAAAUAGCAUGUCAUGGGGCUGCCUGUAAUUUUCAGGACCAUGAGGGAGUUUAUCUAAAAGUUCAAGUGGCAGAGAUUAUGGUAGUAUUGUGCUUGGAUUAGGAUUAUGUCUUUGUAUAUAGUGGCGUUCUGUUUGUCGAGAAAUAAAAAUGUUUUCAGUGGAAAAGGCCGAAGAGCUUGCUGUUCUCUGCGUCUA